CCUGACUAUAAAUAAUAUUGGCUACCAGUGCCGCCCACAGUUCUUUUGCUACUCUUAGAAAUCUCCGCCAAGAAGCUUUCGGAAAAGAAAAUCUCACGGUUUUCGAUCUUCAGGAAAAGCAUGGCAACAGCAAGUCUACCAUCUCAGUUUAUGCUCCAAGGUGCUCCCAAGUGUGUGAAUAGCCGUGCUUUCCUGAAAGUCCCAUCCUCUCUUGGAUCAGUAAGGAGGAAUGUGUCCAAAAAUUUUGGGUUGAAAUCUUCAGGAGGGUUCAGAGUAUCUGCAGCUGCUUACAAAAUAAAGCUGAUUACAGAAGAAGGUGCAGAGCAUGAAUUUGAGUGCCCUGAUGAUCAGUAUAUCCUUGAUGCUGCUGAAGAAGCUGGAGUAGAUUUGCCUUAUUCUUGCAGAGCUGGUGCUUGUUCUACCUGUGCUGGGAAAAUAGCCUCUGGAAGUGUUGACCAAACUGAUGGGUCGUUCUUGGAUGAUGGUCAGAUGAAGGAGGGUUAUUUGCUCACUUGUGUUUCGUAUCCAGCAGCAGAUUGUGUCAUUCAUACCCACAAGGAAGGUGAUCUCUACUGAGUAAGUUAAGCCAGUUUUUGGCUUAUGAAUGAUGAUAAUUAUCUUGUGUUUGUCUGAAUUGGAACUUUAGAAAAGGUUGGUUGCUUUAGGUUGUGUGCAACUAAUAGGAUGGAUGGAUGGAUGGAUGGUUGAAUUCCUGCAUUUUGACUGUUUUGUUUAUGGAUAGCAAAUAAUUUGCUGGUUUUCCUUUCUGAUA